GAGACAGACACAUAGCACUAUGAGGGAAAUAAAACCAUCAGUUUCACAGUCAGUUAACUGCAGGUACAACAAAAACAAAAACAAAGAAAUGAAAGAUCCACAACAGAGGGGUAACAUAGCAGGUGCCCGUUUGGACAUCCUUCACUCCAAGGCAUAUAUUUUUUUUCCAACCAAAAAAUUAGCAAUUCAAAACUAUGGACAGAUAAACAGAGAAUAAGAAGUCUUGAUCAUACACAAUAAAUGCAAGAGAAAUCACCAGAGGGAAAAAAAACACACACACACUGUCUGGGUUCUACUGAUUUGAGUAGUUCUCUAGCCUGAAGAAGUAUGAAGAGGAAAGAGAAGAGGAACCAGAACAUUUCCUGAUCUCAGAAAACAGCCCAGGCCUUAUAUUUGAUAUGUAUCAAGAAAAAGACCAUGACCUAGUUAGAUCAGAUAAACAACUGAACCAAGCAGGGAGGACAAUUACACUCAGGUACAAGCUCAAACACCUACGGAAGUCAUUUCCUGUUCUACCCUAUUCCCCAUCUCAGAUGAACUUUAACUAGAAAAGCUAAAGGGCUGUUUCAGUGUUUCCCCUCUAAUGGUUGGGGAAGAUAAAGACAGUGCACUAUCUGAAGGAGGAUGCAAUCGAUCUGACGAAAGACAACACAAGGAACAGGCUGCUGACAGUGAAAGGGAGGCGGAGGAACUGUCAGUCUCAUACACUAAUCCAAGCCAUAGCGGGGAAAUAAAAUGUGACUCAACCAAAAUGAAAGGCAUGUAUCCAGAGGAAAAGAUUGCAGAUGAAAUACCCUAUUUGACAAAUGUUGCACUGGAUAUUAAUAUGAGCGUCAAGAUAGAAAUGGAAAAAGCCAUGUCCAGCAAAAAAUCACCCUGUUCUGUACCAAAGAAGUCAGAGAUACUGCUUCAUGAGGGGAAGGUUACUUCAGAUGACAUCAAAGAAAUUGAUCUUCAAUCUAAAGAAGAAAGGGAAAAUGAUGCUGACACAUUAUUUAAAUCAUUCCCACAAGACAGCCAACAUUUUGUAUUUUGUUCACAUCAAAGCAGGGAUCCUAACUCUCAUGAAUUAAGAAAACAAAGAGGGAGGGCCAUUCUGUUCACUGUGGAACAGGAAAUUCCACAGCCAAGUCAGUCAGCAGGUCUAACACAAAGAGAAUGUACCAUGUGUACAUCAAGUUCAAAGGUUCCUCCCAUACAAUCACAAGAAUCAUAA